UGGCCGUAUCCAUAAUUCGACCGUGACCUUGCUCCUCGAUUUACUCCAUCCACACGGUGCAGUAGUCGCUCGUAUAAGGUUCAAAAUCUGCUCUUCAAUGUCAAAUUAAAAAUACGCCCAAUUGUUGCUACUCUCAGAGGUAAUCCGACAAAUACACGCGGAAAAACACUAAAAAAAAAUACGGAAGCGAAUGUCCAAAGGGGUAUCGAAAACCAAUGUUCAGAGCAACGAAAGCAAUCAUAGAAAAAAAUAAUUCACGACGUCCAGGAUAGUAACGAAAAGAACAACAGAGUAAACCGUUCAAAAGUGUCCAAUGCAAACAACAGCUUCGAAGCAAUCAAGGCAAUCCCCUUCGAAGGAGACGAACACCAAGUUCCAACAGACUCUCAACGGCCAAUGCUCCACUACAAGUCAAGGUGACCGGGACCUGGUUAUUCAAGGGACGUUUACAAGUUUAUUAGCUCAGGGGGAGGUUGGGGGAGAAGUCGGUACUAUCACGAAACCAAGAAAUAAUUGUUUAAGCUUCAAGAAUAAAACGAUUAUUAACAAUCCCAGUUAUACGUGA